CAUAUAUAAACGUUGAGAGUCUUCCAUCAAGUCUUCACUACCCAGCAUCCAUCGGUCUCUUCCCACCAAAACUUGCUCAUUCCACCCACCUUCGCUACCAAUCUACAAACCAAUCAUGAAGUUCGCCAUCGCUACUCUUUUCGCCGGCGUUGCGGCCGCCGCACCUACCGCUUCACCUGACGUCCACGGUGACCCCUACGAGACCGUCACCAUCUCCAACUUCUCCUACGCCUUUCCUUACAAGGGCAACCCACAGAUGAACUUCUACAUCCACUCUCAGCGCGUUGAUAACGUCCACUGCGCUGCUGUCAACUUCGAGGUUGGUGGUGUCUACAGCUGUGACGACCCUUCAUACACAUUCCGAGUCCUGGAGGAGACGGGCCAUAAACUCAGAUUGGCUCACGUUCUCAACGGACCAUCCAUGGUGGGCGACUUCUUUAUCAGGAUGUAUGGACCUAUCCCUACUGCCCUCUCACAGACCGGCACUUCCACAGCCGACUUGGACAAGGAGGGUACCGCUUAGAAGAGC